GUAAAUUAUUAUCGAUAUAUAUGGGGUGGCAACAUUAUAAGUUCCCACGUGUAGAGAAUAGAAGAAAUGAAAUCACAAAUAUACAAUGGCCGAAGCGAAAGAGAAAAUUGAAUAUUUGGUUGCAGAUACUACAGCUUUUAUUAAUGCUGUUCAGCUAAAUGAUUAUGCGAAAAAUGUCUUAACCGUCCCUGAUGUUAUUACUGAGGUGCGUAAUAAACGUCAAAUCCGAAGGCUUUGCGUUCUACCUUUUGAUCUACAAGUGCGAGAACCUCGCACUGAUAGUAUAAAACACUGUGUAGAAUUCGCCAAAAAAACUGGUGACUAUGCCAGUCUCUCGGGUAUCGACAUUAAGGUGAUUUCUUUAACUUAUGAACUUGAGGUAGAUAACGUUGGCGACACGCAUUUGCGUACUGAACCUGUUGUAUCGAAAAUAAUAGCAUCUAAGGAGAAACCCGAAGAAUUCCAAGACAAUACAAAACUAGCAGGUUGGUAUAAUCCGGAAGGUGAAGAUGAACCAAGUAGUGAUGAUAAUGAUGAGGAGGAAAAUUAUGAAUCUGUUAACCCUGUCAAUGACAAAGAAGAUGCAGUUAAAAAUUCUAUAGAAGAUCAAAUCAAUGAUGUGAAUGCAAACAACGGUAGUACUGAUGAAAUAACACAAGAAGAACUUGAUAAAUUCUUUGAAAAGUUAAAUUGUAAUGUGGGUGAUAAUGAUGUUUGCGAUUUACUUGUACCAAAAAGCGAAGACCUACUUGAUCCCGAAAUUGCUACAGACGAUGAAUCUAAAUGCAAUGAUGAACAUGAUAACACCUCAUCUCAACAUUCUGAACAAAUAACAGUUGAAUCCGAUGACAUUGAAGGCGGUUGGAUUACACCCCAUAAUAUUAAAAAGGUGAAAAAAUCCUUGGAAGGUAAAGUGGAAUCAGAUGUUGUUCCUGUUGUCGCGUGUAUGUCAACGGACUAUGCACUUCAAAAUGUUUUAAAACAAAUGAAUUUGCAAAUUUGUGCGUUAGAUGGACGUGUAAUUAAACAUUUACGUACCUAUAUUUUACGGUGUUAUGCUUGUUUUAAAACAACAAGUAUAAUGACCAAGGUUUUUUGUCCGAACUGUGGCAACAAAACUUUAAAACGAGUAGCUGUUAGUUUGGAUGAGAACGGAAAGCAAGUGAUUCACAUAAAUACUCGUCGUCCCCUAACAUCUAAAUAUAAAAACCAAAGCUUGCCAAGAUUCCAAGGAGGAAAACAUUCACGUAACCCAAUAUUAUUUGAAGACCAACCUAUACCAAGACAGAUGCCAUCACGUGUAGCAAAGACCAAAACCAAUGCUUUAGAUGAAGAUUACAUCGCCGGAUUUUCGCCUUUCGUAAUGCGUGACGUAGACUCAAAAUCCGCUAUGUUGCGUUCUAAAGGAAAUCUUAAGGAAUGGGCUAGGAAUAAUACAUUUGAAGAAGAUAGACGUAGAAAACAUUACAAUAGAGUUUAUAAAUAGAUUGGAUUUUAAAAAAUAA